AAAUUUCACUCAACCGCAACCACAGAUCUAAAACCCUCUCACCUACCAAACAAACACUCUCUCUAUCAAUCCGGCAAAACAAUGUCUGCUUUUCCCGGCGAUUACGCAGCGGCUGAGACAGGUAUCUUUUGGGACAUAGAAGAUUGCAAGAUUGAUGUUGACCUCAAUGCUAGUCAGGUUUUGCAGAACAUUAAAUUGACCAUUUCGAGGGCUGGUCAUCAUGGAACAGUCUCAAUAAGGGCGUAUGGUGAUAUGACGGGUCAUGAGUUUCCCUCUGAGGGAAUUAAGCUCAAUCACUUCCCUGCAGGAGAGAGGUACGCGAGACAUUCGAAGAUGCUUGAAGACAUCAUUGCAUGGUCAGCUGAACAUCCUCAACCAUCAAAUUUGAUGCUAAUCAUGAAAGACACCUCUCCAGACUUCAUUGAGGUUGUUCAACUUUUGAAAUCCAAGAAAAAUUACAUGUUUCACAUUGUUCAACCUGGAAGUGGGUUUGGAAGAGCUUAGGCCUUAACUUAUGGAUUAGGCGGCAUUAUGAUGACAUUACCACUAGUUGGAGACUAAUUAAUUUAGUAUUGCUGCAAGUAGAAUAAAAUGUUCACUACUGUUUGUCUGUAAUUUCGUCAUUCCUCUGUUGAUCGAUCAUCCUCUUUUGAGGACUAAGAACAAAACUCUAGGAAAUGUUGGAUCAUCCUCUUUGCAGAUCUCCUUCAUUCUGACCA